AACAAACUUCACACUCCUUAACCAUUCAAGAGAUUAACUCCUGAGAGUUCGAAAGUUGCUCAAUAAACAAAACAAAACAAAAUAGAAAAAUGUCGGAAUUGGUUUCUGAUCCAUAUCCUUCCACUAACCCUAAUGACCCUGUGGGUUAUCCUGGACAUUUGACUGCGUCCCAAGAGGAGACAUUGAAUAGCUUUCGUUCGGAACUGAAAAAGAUGGGCUAUACUCUUAGAUUGGACGAUGCUACAUUGUUGCGUUUUCUACGUGCCCGUAAGUUUAAUUUGCAACAAGCAUUGGAAAUGUUCGUUAAAUCCGAGCAAUGGAGGAAGGAAUUUGGAGUUGCUGAUCUUGUCAAAAACUUUCAGUAUGUUGAAAAGCCUCUUGUUUCCAAGUAUUAUCCUCAAUACUACCACAAAACGGAUAUCGAUGGUCGUCCAGUGUAUAUUGAGCAACUUGGCAACGUUGAUUUGAAAAAGCUUUAUCAAAUAACUACCACCGAACGCAUGCUUCAAAACCUUGUUUAUGAAUAUGAAAUGUUGGCUCUUAAGCGUUUUCCCGCUUGCUCCCGUAAAUACAAUGGCCUUAUCGAAACUUCCUGUACCAUUAUGGAUUUGAAAGGUGUUGGUAUCACUAGUAUUCAUUCUGUAUAUAGUUAUAUCCGCCAAGCCUCCAGUAUUAGUCAGGAUUACUAUCCGGAAAGAAUGGGUAAAUUUUACCUCAUCAAUGCUCCAUGGGGAUUUUCAUCCGCUUUUAAUUUGAUCAAAGGUUACCUUGAUGAAAAUACUGUGAAAAAGAUUCAUGUUUUAGGUUCGAAUUAUAAGAGUGCCUUAUUAGAGCAAAUUCCAGCAGAACACCUUCCCGCUAGUUUAGGAGGAACCUGCCAUUGCCCUGGAGGUUGUGAAUUAUCUGAUGCUGGACCAUGGCAUGAAGAACAAUGGAUGAGUAAAGAAUAGUUUAUAAUAUGAUAAAUGAUUAACGGAUGACUCACAUCCUAUUCUACAAUGAAUAAUUUGUAGGCUGAACUAUCAACAGAUAAAAGUGCUUUGUAUGGCGUCUGUGUUUCUUGCAUCCGAGAUGAGUACCAUAUAUUUUACCUAUUAUCGUAUUAAUUAUACGGGUUUGCUUGGUACUUGUUUCUACAAUUUUUCAAUUUUAUUUUGUUUUUAGUUAGCUCAUGGAUUACUUGUCUCUUCUAUUUAAUGGUCACAAUCUUACAAACGGACCUGGUACAUCAUUUUCAUGACACUUACAAGUUUUUAUAGUUUAAUAAAUCGAACAAAACUAGAA